AGUUCGCAAACGUCCGAUGAUUUAAACCACAACGAAGGGUCUGUGAGAACUCCCUGCAUUCAGAGUCAUGGGCCAUUGCUGCAGCAAAAACGUCUCCGCAGCUGACAAUGAAACCACCUCCACCGCUAAACAAUCCCAACCGCCACCUAUUCCGGCUCCGUCCACCCCAUCCGUCGAGACCUUUUCUUACUCCGUUAGUCCAUUUUCCAGUCCACUUCCUGCCGGAGUCGCGCCGUCUCCAUCCCCGGCUAGAACGCCGGGGAGGAAGUUCAGGUGGCCGUUGCCGCCUCCUUCUCCUGCGAAGCCGAUCAUGACCGCCUUAAUGAGACGAAAAGGGCCCAACAAAGCGGCGCCGGUGGAAGGGACAAUCCCCGAGGACGGGGAAAGAGCGGUGCUAGAUAAGAAUUUCGGGUACGGAAAGAACUUGGGGGCUAAAUUUGAGCUCGGGAAGGAGGUGGGACGAGGGCAUUUCGGUCACACUUGCUUGGCCAAGGGAAAGAAAGGAGAGCUAAAGGGACAGUCGGUGGCCGUUAAGAUCAUUUCUAAAGCUAAGAUGACCACAGCAAUAUCAGUUGAAGAUGUUCGGCGGGAGGUCAAAAUACUGAAAGCCUUAUCCGGUCAUAAGCACAUGAUCAAAUUCCAUGAUGUUUUUGAGGAUACUAAUAAUGUCUAUAUCGUCAUGGAAUUAUGUGAAGGUGGAGAACUACUUGACAGAAUUUUGUCUAGAGGUGGUAGAUACACUGAAGGAGAUGCUAAAAACAUAAUUGUGCAAAUUUUAAGCGUAGUUGCCUUUUGCCACCUUCAAGGGGUUGUGCACCGUGAUCUGAAACCAGAGAAUUUUCUUUUUACCACAAGAGACGAGGAUGCCCCAAUGAAAAUUAUUGAUUUUGGCUUAUCUGACUUUACUAGGUCAGAUUACCGUCUCAAUGAUAUUGUUGGCAGUGCAUACUAUGUUGCACCAGAAGUACUACAUAGAUCUUACAGUGUUGAAGCUGAUAUGUGGAGUAUUGGUGUCAUAACUUAUAUAUUGUUGUGUGGAAGCCGACCUUUCUGGGCUAGAACUGAAUCAGGAAUUUUUCGUUCUGUGCUCAGAGCUGAUCCUAACUAUGAUGAUUCACCUUGGCCUUCUGUAUCAUCAGAAGCCAAAGAUUUUGUGAAAAGGCUUCUGAACAAAGAUCACAGGAAAAGAAUGACUGCUUCUCAAGCUUUAGCUCAUCCAUGGUUACAAGAUGAAAAUUGUGCCGUGCCUUUGGAUAUUUUGAUCUACAAGUUAGUCAAGUCAUAUAUUCGUGCCACCCCUUUCAAACGAGCAGCACAAAAGGCACUUUCGAAAGCUUUACCAGAUGAUGCACUUGUGUAUCUUAUGACGCAAUUUAGGCUUUUAGAACCGAAGGAUGGAUGCGUGUCCCUCAGUAAUUUUAAAGCUGCUCUAAUGAGGAAUAAAACUGAUGCCAUGCAGGAAUCAAUAAUUUUUGACAUUAUAAAUGUGAUGGAACCACUGUAUUACAAAGCGAUGGACUUCGAGGAGUUCUGUGCCGCCGCAAUCAGUGCACACCAGCUCGAAGCACUUGAAGAAUGGGAGAGUAUUGCAAGCAAAGCCUUUGAGUAUUUUGAACAAGAAGGAAACAAGGUCAUUUCAGUGGAGGAAUUGGCACUGGAACUAAAUCUGGGACCAUCAGCUCACUCUUUGCUUAGAGAUUGGAUAAGAUAUUCAGAUGGAAAACUGAGCUUCCUUGGGUAUAUGAAAUUUUUACAUGGAGUGACAAUUCGAGGUUCUAAUACAAGACGACGGUAGCAUUUUAAGACUGAACAUAAGAUUUUUUUAAAUCAAAUUUUAACCAAAAA